CUUCAUUCUCGUUUUCAUUCUCGCGCGUUGUGGUCGCUGCUGUUUGUGCUCCAAAGAAUCUCGACCGGUUUUCACUUUUGUGGAAAAUUCAAAAGACUACCGAAGCCAAAGAAUCUCAAGAUGAAAAUCGAUCUGACUGUCGAUCAGGGGCCAUGCAACACAGAUCUCAGGAGUUGGUGCCUUGGCAUAGCGAUCUUUUCGCUGGUGUCCAUCACAUUUAAUGUGCUCUUCGCGCCAUCGGUGGUCAACUUUGUUGGCUUUGCCAUUGCCUUAACGGCCAAUAUAUUAUUGCUGAUCGGCUGCAUUAAGUACAAGCGCCUGUUGCUCCUUGGCUGGCUUAUAUACGCCUUGCUCGUAGUCAUCGGUUUCCCAUUUGCCGUAUUCGGCGUCAUCUUCCACUACGGAGGGUAUCGUGAGUCCACCGGAUUCAAUAAUAUAUUCGGAGCCUUGCUUUCGUAUAUUUUAACGACUCUUAUCGUUGUCUUCUGCGCCCGUCUUAUCUACUCCUACUACGUACAGCUGAAGAACCGCGAGGGCUCACCUCAGGCCGUGCCUGUGGUUUGAAGCUCACAUUUGCCAUAGACUAGGGCUCCCCUAGUUUCAUUUUACCCCAUCACCAUACGUUUUCUAGCUCUGUGUGUUGUUCUUGGAAUAAAAUACGCUCAUGUAUUUGAUUGCAA